UACGUCACAUUUUUGAUCGGCUCUUUGGGUGUUCUCCGAUCAUGCUAAUUUUAGCGAACAUCUGCGGAUCAUGAUCGGUGUCAGAUCAAUUGGAGCAUCUCUAACAAUAACUGAGCCUUAAGUCUGGAGGGGGCCCACCUGAUAACCCUAAAGAAGAGAAUACCCCACCUCCACUGAAGUGAAGAAAACAGGAAGUAGUGAUUAUAAGUAGAUGGAUAAGAAUUUCCAGUGAAGUUCUAUGUGCUCAACUGAACCACCCACAACAACAUCUAAAUUUAAAUAGCCAAUGAAAAGCAACUUAGAAGGUAUGACGGCAUUGUCUGUUUCUCUCUAUUCAUUGGGUUGUAUUUAUGCAUCGCAUUGUGUUGUGUAAUCUCAGAACACUAGGUGUGCAUGAAAAAAGGCAAAUCCUGUGUCACUUUGGUUUUCUGGAACUGUUUAACCUUUCUUGACCCACCUGGGCCACAACUUCCUCGAGUAAUUUUAAGAGGACUCGCAAACAUCUUGUUUUUAACAUAAUUUACAAUUUCAGUCCAUGACCAAAAAGGAUGUUUAGAUAAUGGUGCCGGAAUUGGUAAUUAGAUACAAAAGAUACAUAUAAAUGUGUAUAAACCAGCCACUUCUAUGUUAACAUGGCUUAUAACAACUCCACACAAUCUGUAGGGUUAGGGUCAUUGAAACAGAUCUCUCACAAGGUCAUAAUUGUACAGGUUCUGAUUGCAAUUUUUCUGUACCUCAACUGUCUGCUCCUCACAACCUUUUUCAAGAAGGACGUUUUCCGCUCCAGCAUGCGCUACAUCUUCUUUGCCUAUACCCUGAUGUCGGACUGCCUGUACCUAAUGGUGACUGACAUUCUGCUACUAUUGUCGUUUUAUCGAAUUGUCAUGCAAAUUUGGCUCUGUAUUCUCUUCCUAAUAGUGGGGACUGCAUACAAUUUAAUAUUUCCUUUAACACUGACAUUGAUGACUCUUGAGCGUUAUGUGGCCAUAUGCAUGCCUAUGCAGCACGGGGCCUUAUGUACCCCGCGCAACGCUCUGCACUAUAUUCUGAUAGUCAAUGCUAUCAGCCUCUUACCCAUCAGCAUCUCUCUCUUGAUCUACUCGGCCUCAGUGCCUGUCAGCAUGUUAUCAGAGGAUUCGGUGUGCACGGUUGAAAUGCUCAUCAUUCACAGAUGGCAGAGUCAUUACUGGUCGGCCAUAAUUCAGUUAUACUUUGUCAUCAUGUUUGUCAUCGUUAUGUUCUGUUAUGUUCAAAUCUUAAAAGCAGCCAGGAAAGCAUCAGGAGAGACUAAGAAAUCCUCAGGGAAGGGACUCAGAACGGUACUCCUUCAUGGCUUUCAGCUCCUUCUCUGCCUUACUGGGCUGUGGUGCCCUUUGGUUGAAGCUGCUGUGGUGCAGAUUGAUCUUAUUCUAUUUAUUAAUGUAAGAUACAUCAAUUACAUAGUGUUUACUCUUGCCCCGAGAUGUCUAAGUUCCCUUGUUUAUGGCCUCAGGGACCGAAGGUUAUUUGUAAUUUUCAAAUAUUACGCUGUGUUUGGUUUGUUUAACAAAGCACCUCCUGAUUUGCCAGAUUGAAUUCAAUAUGAAUCAAACAGGGUCUGGAAGCAAAGUUUCCAGAUGGAUAAGGUAUAACUACAGUAAAUGGCUGUUCCACAAAUAACAUUAAUGAUAAAUGUUCACUAAACAGUGGAAAGACUGAUAUCUUAUGUCAAAAUACAUUAAAACACCUUCCUUUCAGGUACAUCUCUGUAGAUGUAUGCAUUUAUUUGUUACUUUAUGAAACUGCCCAGUCUGAAUACAGCAACGUCUUAUUAAUUAUUAGUCAUGUACAAUAACUAAGAAAUAAUGUAUACAAACUAAUAGGUACAUAAAAAAAAGACAUUGCACAUUUUCAGUAUUGAUCAGUAAUGCUUGAGGAUUACUAGAUAAAAAAUGUUCAUUGGACAGGGGAAAACCAAGACUGGUGCAUCAAAAAUAGCUAGGUAAUAUAUAGGUAUAGUAUAAAUAUAUAUGUAUAGCAUCUACUAUCGUAGAUAUCAGUACUUGGCUGCAGCUUAACGAACCACUGCUGAAAUGGGCAGUGUUUGUUAUGCGGUGUUUGGCCCUAUGCAGUCCUGAUAACCUACAGAGGACCUGGGCAAAGACCAGAGGCCCUGGUGAGCCUCUCUGGCAGG